GCAUUUUAAUUUGCCAAGCAACACGUCGUACGUAAUGAUUAUCGUCAUAGAAAAUGAUUAAAAAUAAGUAAAUAGAAAAUGUGAUAUUUUGCAAAUUCAUUUAAAGAAAACUUUAAUAUCUACUUUUUUAUUUAAAUUUUUCAAACUAAUGAAUAAGUUUGUAUACUUGAGUUAAAUGACUAAAGUGCCUCACCUUUCACUAUGUUUAUGUUUAAAAUCGUUUUUAUAUUAGUUAUAUCGGUAUACGUUAUUUUUGCUACAAAUACGUGUGAUCCUAGUAAAGUGACUGAAUAUCAAUGUCGAGACUCAUUAUGUAAAACUACAUCUGAAAAUGGACAGUAUUUAUCUUUGAACAAUAGGAAGUCUGUUCCAGUCAUAGGCUAUAGUAAAGAUAAAUUUAUGGUUAAAAAAAACUCUGGUUUUGAUAUUAUCAAUAAAAACAAACUUAAAGUAAUAAACUUUUCUAGUAAAGGUUGGGAUUACUUGGUCAAAAUAAACGAGGAAACCCAUACAGUAUGUAGUGCAGUUUUUAUAAACAAUGAAAAUACUUCAAAACUUUAUUCAAAUGAUAAUUCAAAUCUAAUAGAAAAUGAUGAUAAUGUUAACAUAACUGAAGAAAUUUCUAUAAAUAGUUCAAAAAAUGAAAUUUUCGGAAAUGAACCAAAUAGCAAUUAUAGUGAAUUAACUCCGGUAGAACAUUUUAAUGAUUCAAUUAUUGUAAAUGAAACUAAAAAUAAUGAUGAAGUUAUUAAUUUUGUUGAUAAGUCUUCAGGAAUAAAAAAUAAUAACGAAUAUAAUAUUAUUAAAAAUCAAAAUAUUGUUAAAAAUACAUCUAAUAACAUAGCUAAUGAAGGCAAGUCUGAUGAUGCACCAUCAUUCACUCCUAUGGAAAAUCAAAAAAGUAUUCCUGAAAAUAGUGAUGAUGUUCUUGAACAGGGUAAUGAUAUUGAUAAUGAAUCAGAGAUUAAUUUAACUGUAGAUUACGAAAAUUUAUCUUCAAAUGAUGAUAUAAAAGAUUCUUCUAAUGAAAAUAAAAUUCAAAGAUUAAAAGAAACUGUAAAUUCUGAGUUAAAUGAAAUUGGUGAUAAAAUUGAAUUACAAAAAUCACUUGAACCAACAAAUGACAAUGACAAAUGUUUAUUAGAUAAUUGUAUAAAUAAAUUGGAGACUGAAAUUGAAAAGAAAGUUGAUUUAAAUGCAGAAGAAAUAGAUUCAGCUAAGUCUGACAUACAAGACGAAAAUAAUACUUUUACACCAAAUGUUAUUACUAUUGCUGAAACAGUAAAUAGUGAGAUUCCAGAAGAGAUAGAAAAAGUUGAACAAUUUGAUAUAUCACAGAUCAAUAAUAUAAAUGACCAGAUAGAAAAUAUGCCAGCAGAAGAAUCAAAUAAUGAAACUGUCAUUAACGGUGAUUUGAGUAUAGAUGACAAUAAUGUCUCUAGUCAUGUUGAUAAACUACCAUUAAAUGAUAAAGAAAUAAAAAACUCUAAUGAAAUACCCGUAAUACAAAAAAUUGAGACCAUUAAUAAAAAUAUACCUACAGAAUUAAAUAAUUCUUCUAAUUCUAAUAGUGUUGUUACAACAAUUAAUUAUAUUGAUGAUGACAAUAAAACUAAUAAUCGAUUUAUAACAGAAAAUUCAAAUAAUUUUUCAAGUAAUGAUGAAAUUAAUCAACCAAAAAGUACAGAUAUUACUGAAAAUUUAUCAAAUGUGGAUUCCAAUAUAAACAUUAAAGUAAAAGAUGAAAUUUCACAAAAUAAUCUAACUAUGGAUAAAACAGGUAUUCAGGAAAGUAUGUUAGGUGAAGUUACUAAGGCUUCAAUACCUAAUAAUAUUCAAUGUAAACCUGGUACAGAUUGUUCCGAUCCAACUGCAAGUAUACAUACGCAUACAUACCCAGACAAUUCAGCUAAUACUGUUUUAAUAAAUAAUAUACAGAAAGGAAGCUUUGUCUCUUCUUUUGGACAUCCUGAAAGCUGCACUGGAACAGCAUGUCUCCAUUUAAUAAAUAAUAAUGAACAAUCUAGCAAAACAAACAUUAAUGAACCUAUUGAAUCAACUACAAACCAAAAUUUUAUUAUAGAAAAUUUGGAGAAAAAUACUGAGUCUCUUAAAAAAGAAAUAGAAAAUUUAGAAUAUAAACAAAUUAUUCAUACAAAUGAUGAGUGGUAUUUUAUGGAUUAUGUUGAACAAUGGCUAACAUCCCCUACAAUGAACACAGUAAAUUUUGUCAUGAGAUUUUUUAGUAACUCGAACACUUAUAAUGACCAACAAAUAGAUGUUUUUUCAACAGAAGAUUUUGGCAAUGAUGAAAAUAUAAGCCAUCGUAAACAGAUGAAUGAUAAUUCAAAAAUAUAUUUCAUUGUCUCUGCAGUAAUCACAUUGUUGUUUUCUCUUGGUUAUUGUAAAUAUCAAAAAGGUUCUUAUGAAAACUAUUUGUUGACAUUAUUAGCUGUAAAAGAACAAAGUUUAUUGAUUGUUGAACAGGAAUUGUGUACAAUAAAAGAGCAUAAUGUGGAAAAUACAACAAUAGUAUCCAAAGAAAAUUCAGAUUAUGAAUUAUUCAAAAAUAAUUUAGCAGAAUCAGAGGACACCAUAGAAUCACAGACCAUUGUCAUAGCAAAGCUUCAACAAGAAGUUUCUGAACUUACUGAAGCUGGUGUCAAUAUGCAUGAAUUAUUUAAAUCUGCAUUGGAGUCAAGUGAAAAACAUAAAUCCUAUGUAAAUUUAACCAAAACCAAACUUGAUGAAUCAGAAAAUAUGAUUAUUAAUCUGAGAGAAAAAAAUUUGGAAUUACAUGAAGAAAUUGAGAAAAAGUGUGAUGCUAUUAAAAAUUUACACUCUAUUAAUGAUAAACUGACACAAAAAAAUAAUAAAUUGAUGGAUGAAAACGAAAAAACAGUGUCCCAUUUAGAACAGAUUUUAGCAGAUAAAACAAAAUUGCAAAAGCAAAAUAAUGAUUUACAGUAUGAAUUGAAUAAAGUUAAUAAUGCUUUAAUGAUAGCAGAAGACGAAGCAUCCUUAUCCAAAGAUGCUUUACAAGAUUUUAUUUCUAAGAAAUUCAAUUUUGCAGAAGCCAAAGAAAUAUUGUUUUCAGUUAAAUCAUCAGCUGAAUUAAAUUCAACAAAGAAAAUGUGUGAAAAAUACCAAAACAAAAUUGAGGAACUUAUUAAGUCAAAUCAGCAAAGUAGAGAUCAAAUAGAUACAUUGAAUAAUGAAAUAGUUAAUCUAAAAACUUCUUAUAUCAAAUUAAAAUCUUCUAAAGAUGAGCAAGAAACUAAAUUGAAUGUGCUAUCCAAAUUUUUCAAAGAUCAGGAAAAAGAAUAUCAAAGACAAAUAGAUGAAAAAGCCUCGUUGUAUAAAAACGAAAUUGGAGAAUCUACUAAUCUUUAUAAACAAAUUGAAUUUUUAAAUCAAGAAAUUUCAAAUUACAAAUCAGUAAAUCAAUCAUUAAAAAAUGAAAUUAAUGAUCAAGAAGCAAGCUUUAAAAUACAAUUAUCAGCAGCAGAUAAGAAAGCCAAUGAUAAUUGGAUGGCAUUCAGGCAAGCAGAAAGAAAACUCAAAGAAAUGGAAAUUGAAACAGCUCAACUUAGAAACAAAUUAACAAUGUCUGAUAAAAAGUUUGACAAUGGCACAAAAAGUGUGGAUUCCUCAAAAGAUUUUGAAGAUGAACUUUUGGACAUUCCGUUACCUACUGUAUCACCAGAUUUUACAUUGUUAGAUUUUGAGCCUCCUCCUCCUAUAUUCCCCACCCCUCAUACUUCUACUGACCAAAGGCUUCCUCCACUUGGAGCUCUAGGCCAAGGUCCUCCAUCUCCUGUCUCUUUAACAAGAAGACAAAAUAGGUUAAUAUCACCACCACCUCCUGUUCCAUUACAUUCUUCUGCUUUUAGGCCUUUGCCACAACGAUACAAUUAUUUGGAUCGACAAAAUUCCUUAGGUCAUUCAGUUGAAUCACUUGAUAAUUAGAAUUUAUGUACAUAUUAUUGAGUAACUUAUAUGAUAACUAAAGUAUUGAUGUUAUAUUCUUAAGUUCAUUGUUUAUGUUAAUGUAAAUUAUUACUAAUAUCAGUUAAUAUUUUUAACCAAUAAUUAAUAUAAAUAAAUUUUUUUUAUGACUAUUA